AUGUUACUCUCAAAAGGGGAGAAAGAGGUGAUGAUUAAGUCUAUGGCGACGGCUGUCCCGACAUUUGUGAUGUCUUGUUACCGUCUGCCAAAGACAAUCACAUCUAAACUGACUAGUGCAGUGGCAAAAUUCUGGUGGAGUACGAAUGGCCAGACAGGGGGUAUACAUUGGAUCGCAUGGGAGAGGCUUUGCUGUAGCAAGCAGUUGGGUGGUUUGGGAUUCAAGAGUGUUGACGAUUUUAACACGUCUGUGCUGGCUAAGCAGUUGUGGAGACUGAUAGAUUAUUCGGACACCCUGUUUGCCAUGGUUUUUAAAAUUAGGUAUUAUCGGAACUCAGAUCCUAUGGAUCCAAUACGAUCUUAUUCACCCUCGUAUGGGUGGAGGAGUAUUGUAUCUGCUCGAUCUCUGGUGAACAAAGGGCUUAUUACACGGGUUGGCUCAGGGACCUCCAUUUCUAUAUGGAGUGAUCCCUGGGUUCCAGUUCAAUUCCCGAGACCAGCCUUAAGUAACGGUCCUUUUAAGGACCCAACUCUCAAGUUACCUCAUUUAAUUGAUCGUCAAACGAAUUCUUGGCGAAAGGAUCUGCUCACUCAGCAUUUUGAUCAUGUGGAUGUCGCUCUGAUAGAGGCUAUACCUCUAAGUAGUUUCUCAAAGAACGAUUAUUUAGGAUGGCACUUUACUAUAACUGGAAAUUAUACAGUAAAAUCUGGGUAUGAGACGGAACGUUUGGAUGUCCAAGGUCCUUUUCGGGCAUUGAGUUCUGGUUCAGCGACCACUCCCCUUCUUGCUAGGGUUUGGUAG